AUGUGUAGACUUUCUAACGGAAUGUCAAGAUGCCAACGUCGUUGCCAGCGUCGUGUAACUCGUCAUCAUUAUAAACAUGUUGUCUUUAAAACAAUUGUUAAAUUCAUUGCUGAUUCUUUCUCUGGUCAAUCAACUACUGAAAAGGCACAACCACAGCAACAAUCAUUACCACAACCAUUACCACAACAGCAAUUACCACAAAAAUCAUCCGCAAAUAUUCAAAAACCACAAAUUCAAAGCAACAAUUUAAACUCCAAUACCAUAACCCAACAAUUGCCAAACUACGGAGAAACUUUAUCCAAUGAAGAGACAGAAACUUAUAUGAUGGAAGCUCCGCCUUCUUAUCAAGAAUCAAUAAAACCAUAUAAUAAUUAG